AUGCCUGAUGUGUCGGUGCAGGUGACGGACGAAGAGGAGGAGACGGUGGCUACCAAGGGGGGGAGUGGUGGCAGUGGUGGUGGUAGUGGUGGUGGUGGUGGCAGUGGUGGUGGUGGUGCGGCAGGAGGAGGGAACUUUGGAGAACGUUUUCGUAGUGCGGCUGAGUCAUCGUUGGGCUACCUGUCGGGUCGGGCUGGGAAGCUGUGGCAGGCCAUGUGCGAAGCUCCUGAAUGGCGGCCCCAUGCCGCCUGGAGCCCUGGUCCGACGACCACCACCUCCGCCAAAAACGCCGCCGCCUCCUCCUCCUCCACCGGCGCGGCCUCCUCCGCUUCUCCCGCGAGCCCGGACGACACCCGGGGAGCGGCCCGUAUCCACGCCGUGCUGCGCCGGGCGAGCGAGUGGGUGCAGGCGGUGGGCGACGGAGGGGAGCACGAGGAGGCCCUGGUGGAGCAGCUCCAGGAGGCCAUGAUGCAAGUGUGCCGAAUCAAGACGGAGGGGAGCGAGGGCCUGCGGGUCCAGCGGAGCGACGCCGUCAGCUUCCUCUUCUCCGUACAGGAGGUGGUGGAGGCGUGGGCCGAGGAGGCGCCCCUCGUAGAACCUGAAGGGCCCCCCCUCGCAGAGCUCAACAAGAUCACGGAGGAGCUGAGCGAGCGCCGCACCGACGUGCUGCUCUCCCUGCUGAGCGGCGAGCUGAGCUUGUGCCCGGCCCGCGCUCGCCGCCUCGCCUCCGCGCUCUCCUCCCUCCUCCUGCGCCUCGACUCGGUGGAGGCGCAGGGCCGUCAGGACGUGCGGCGUCGCCGGCGAGCCGCCGUCGCCCGCACCGAGCUCCUGCUGCGCCAGGUGGAGCCGUGGACGCGCGGCGCCCACGACCCCAGCGACGGGGCCCCACGUGACCCCCUGCAGGGUCACCGCGCCCUGCCGGAGAUCCGCGGCGUCGCCGCCGAGGCCGAGGACAUCAAGCGGCUGCUGUUGGCGCUUCCGAUGAGGACGACGGUGGUGACGGCGGCGGCGGCGGCGGGAGUCGUGGCCGACGGCGGGCCGCGUCCGCCGAGGUUCCGGCGCGCUCGUCGCCGACGCCUGUCCAACGGGUCGAAGGCUCGCGGCAAACACGUCGGAGGUUUGGCCACGGGGGGCGGGGAGGUGGACGACGAGGCGGAGGCGGAGGAAGACGAUGAGGAGGAGGAGGAGGAAACGGAGGAGGAGGGGGGGGAGACGGAAGAACGGGCGGAGGAGGCGGGGGAGGAGGAGGACGACGAGGGUGAGGAGGAGCGGCUGAUCCCGCGGGCCGAGCGCCGCCUGCUGGCGCUCAUGGAUCGGUUGGACCGCGUGGAGAGCGGGCGCAACCCGUACGUGCGGCAGGGCCGGCGGCGCGCCGUGCUGGAGGUGCAGGGGCUGCUGGCGCACACGGAGCUGCGACGAGCCGUGGCCGAGGGGAGGGCCAGGCAGGCGGCGGCGCCUUCGGCGGUGGGAGAAGACGGACGUUCGUCGCCCGUGUCGCCCCUGCACCCGGCGGAAAGGGCGAUACUGCAGGUGCUGCUGCAGCUUUGCUCGCUACAGAGGGAGGCUCUGGCGUUCCGGGGUGACAAGGCGGAGCGGGGCUACGCGCUGCUUGACGAGCUGCUCACCAAGCAGCUGCUGUCGCUCGACGCCGUGGACACGGCCGGCUGGGCGCACGGCCGGGAGGCGCGGCGGCACGCCGUGCGCACCGCGCAGAGCGUCCUCGCCUACCUGGACGCCAAGUCGGACGAUCCGGAGGACUAAUCGGCGACGACGAUGAAGACGACGACGAUGACGACGAUGACGACGACGAUGAUGACAACAACGACGACGAUGAUGCCUGUGCGCACACGCGUGCCCCACGCAUGCGUUCAUGCUCAUACUUUUGCGCGUGCGUGCGUACGUACGCACUCGUGCACACCCGCGCUUGCACGCGCGCCCGACGUCACUCUCGCGUGUGCGCGUGCACCCAAUCGCGCACGCACGCUUUGACCGCGUGCACGGACGCGUGUGUGCAUGCGAACACCCUCGCGUGCAUGCCCGUACACUUGUCCACAUUUGCUCGCACCGUUCAUGCAUUCAUGCUGUCGUUCUGAUAUUUGAUUUGUCUAGGUUAUGAUUGAUUUAUUAUACAAAAUCUCAAAAGCCAGCCUCAUUGUCCAGAUUAUUUGCUUUAUCGCACGCCACGGAUGGCUUUGACACCGUACUGCCAAGCACACAAACAGAUAUAUAUUUUCAUGCAAACAAGUCUCUUAAUAAAAAAUGCCAGUCAUCAAAUACGCAACUGAUACUCAGUCCAAAGAAUACUCGAUACCGUUACUGAAAGUGAAAACUAAAAUAAAUUAAUCGAUGGCUUAACUCAGAGUUUAGGUUAAUCGGGUAUCACCCAGUGCACAUCUUGAUGACUUUGAUAAGCCACACAAUGCCACAAAGUCAAUCGACUUCGCCCAUUGUUAUUUUGUCCACACGCUAAAUUCAGAAUACCACUGCCACCGCAGACCGAGACUUUUGUCGUCUUAACGUUUCCAGCGAGUUUCAAGAUGUCACAACCAGAUAACCGUGACGGGGUAGCUCAGAGCGUCGGGGAGUGAAAACUGUAAACUUUUCACCAUUUCAGGCACUGUUCGUAGCGGGUGGGUGGCUUCUAGAGCUACCGUCACGGUGGCGAGAUGUUGACUACCUCGCCUGAUGUACAGGAGGUCGUGGGUUCGAUCCCGACCCUGACGUCUGCUGCUGUAUAUUUGGAGUUUGUCUCUCUCCCCGUGGUCAGGUCGUGUUGAUUUUUCUCCGGGUCCUCCGGCUUGCCCCUCUACAUUUAGCAUCGUGCAUUGAUAUGAUUUACAGUAUUCGGCUGCUAUACAUUUCCACGUGAUAAGCCCCUUUGUUGGGCUAAUCAUUGGUGCCAAGGUCGCUUCUUAGAAAGAGCUCCGUGGGCAUUACCCAGUAAAAUAAAAAUAUAUAUUUUAAUAGAUUGUAUAGAAGGCGACACGGCAGACGUCUAUAAGAGGAGUCUUCCGUGGCUGGUCAAUGUGAAGUCGAUGGACAAGCCUUCUGCUCAUUCUGAUUGAGACAAUUAGCAUUUAACCCUGAGACAAUUAGUAGUUAAGGGUAUAUCCAUGGCAACGCGCGAGCUCAGUAAUUCACUAGCUCGCUCAGUCACGGAUUAGCUCGCUCACUCGUUCGCUCACUCGCACACACAUCCCUCAUGCGUGCACUCACCCGCUCGCUCACCCGCUCGCUCACCCGCUCACUCACCCGCUCACUCGCCUGCUGGCUCACCCGCUCAGUUCACUCGCUCAAUCGCCCGCUCACCCGCCCACUCAUCCGCCCGCUCAUCCGCUCGCUCAUCCGCUUGCUCACCCUCGAGCUCACUCAACUGCACACUCACCUGCGCCGCCUACUCAUCUUCCCACCCACUCAUCUACCAACCCACUAGCACCCACCUGUUAACUCGUGCACUCGCUCACCUAUCCACUCACGCGUGCACGCAUCCACGCACACGCUUUAUGAUACGCACACACAACUAGCCUUGCUGGCUUAUCAUUAUGUAAUAAUUACACACAUGUACACAUACACUCCUGUACAUGCGCAUACAAUCAUACAGAUACACACACACUCAUGUAUUCACAUGUUUGUACUUACGCUUUAUAAACUUCUAUUCAGACAUAGACUCAAAUACACACAUAUACACACACACUUAAAUGCACACAUACAUACACUCAUAUACACAUACAAAAUAUACAGUACUCAUAUACACACGGACACUUAUGGAGACAUACAUUAACUACAUAUAACAAACACAAAUAUUGCCCAUGUAGCUCACACAGCCUGUUGGGGCAAGUGUUGUUUGUGAGCACUUGUGAAGGCCAACACGGCAUAAGAAGGGGGUGGCGUGGCCAGCACCACGCCCGACUCACCAGGUACUCGUUUAAGGCUGAGUCGACCUAGGGGAGGCCCACAGGCCGGUUCAGAUAUGACGGUCAAAAGCGGGACAAACUCGGGUCGCCGGGGCCGUCACGCAGCGCGAUAACCACUGCGCCACCGCUCCGCCCUGCGUACAAAAUUCACGCACACUCUUAAACGCAUGGAUGUGACAAACGUACACACCCAUUAACACACCCAAUAACGUACACACACACUAACGUACAUACCCACUAACACACACCCACUAACGUACACUCGUGUACACGAUACUCGGAACACAUAAUUUUUUUGUUACAGCCAAUGGGGUUCACAACUGAUUUUCCUGUUCGUAUCUAAUGACCAAAUCUGGUUGUCAGGAUUUCUCUUCGUCUCACCAGUGAGGUGAGCUGACGUUGGUUACAAUCGGCACGUCAUUGAUCAACACACGUGCGCACGCGUCGAGCAAUCCGUUUGGCUGUGUCGGGUGGUGGAGGGUUCGUAACGACGCGAAUUUUGGUCAGAUUUAUUUUUGGGAUGGUGCGUUGGCAGUGAGUGCACGAGCACAAAUAACAACAGCGCCUCGACACGUUCGUCAAUAAACACUGCGGCCUUAGAAAGAAAAAAGUAGAAAAUGGGCGACGUUUCGGGUAAUGGCCCUUCAUCACAGCGCAUAGGCCAGGUUGGUCAGAUCAUUACGUGACCGAACCAAAAUACCAAUUAUGAAUUACAAAGAUAAAUUACCCUCCCUCCCCCCUCCGGUAUAGCCUGUAAAAGACUUGGGGCAAGUGCUGUUAGCGAGCGUCUCUGGAGGUCGACGCGGCGCACGACCGGAGGUGGGUGACCAGCACUACGCCCGGCUGCCUUUGUCUCCCCAGUGGCGAUGUAUUGACAUGCAGCACCGGGUACUCAUUUGAGGCCGAGUCGACCCCGGGGAAGGCCCCAGGACCGGUUCGGAUGAUCGCCACGGUUGCCGGCUGCGAGCUUGCAGGGAAUCGAUUUUGGCUCGACCGGGCGUCCGUGGCGGGGCGCGCCGACCGUUGUGCCACCGCUCCCCGCAACGGUGAAUUACCACACAGGUCACGCAGCAUCCGCUCUCCAACACGUGGGGAAAUGCACGGGGGGGGGGGGCCAGGGGUGGAAUGGGGACCCCCCCCAAAACAAAACUGACCGUCAAACUGGAAAUGUCUGCGUGUGUGUAACCGUUAGCCCGUGGCUCUCGUCUCUUAUCGCAUUUCUCCCUGCAAGGACUGCGCACAUGGGGUCAUAUUGAACGCUAUUUAAAGCGCACGGGGUGGGGGUGGGGGGGGAGUAGCUUGCUUGUAGUGCCUGGCCUCUGCCCCGUGCUGCUUCAGAGGCAGACACAACCCCAAAAUGUGCAACGGCUCGCGCGUCUAUCUCGUGCGUUCGUGCGUUUGCGUUUGCCCAGGCUGGGUCGGCUGCGUACACGAAUAUUCGGCAAAUGUUUGUCACUCCCAGGGAAAGCGGAAUAUUUUCUCCGAACAGUGAACGCUGUUAAUUUGUUUCCUUGGUUUAGAGUUGAAUCUGUUCGGGUUAGGAGUUGAGGGUUAGGGUGUACUUUUAGGCAUUUGAUGUAGGGUUAGGUGUAAGAUAUUUGGGUGUUAGAUAUUUUGGUGUAGAAGGUUGGGUUAGGGCUUCAGAGUUAGGGUAAGAGUUAAGGGCAUACUGUUAGGGUUUGGCGGCUAAUGUUUGGGGUCAAAGUUCAGAGGUUAUGGCUUAGAGAGUAGAGGUUUAGGGGUUAGGCUUAUGGGUUAAUAGUAGGGCUUUGAGGUUUUAGAGCGUAUUAGAGUUAUAGGAUGAGGGUUAAAGAGGCGAGCGAUCAGGAUCGAGGGUAGGUUUGGCACUAUGUUGGUUCGGGCAAAGUUGUGACCGACAACCGACGAUAUGGAACGCGAUAACUUUACACUGAAAGCAAACUGAGCAACUGCUUGACCAGCGAGUUUGGGACGUGGCCUUAAACACGGAAACGUGUCUGUUCAAAAGUUCGCGGGUGUUAAGUCAGAGGUUGGGGCUCAGCAAGUCUCCUCCAUUCAGAACAAAAACAUGCAAUGUUAUUGUCUGGUGUAAAUAUUAAUACAAUACCAUCGAUUUGGACUUCGGUGUAAAGAAUGGCCCCGAUGGAUGCCAUGUCACUUGCAAAUAUCUAUUUAAUCGGCAACUCCACGGCAGCCGAAUCAUCGCACUGAUGGGGGAAUGCACGGCGGCGCCUUGUGGUCGGCUGUUGGUGAGAAAGGCAGUUUAUUUUUUGGCAAAUAUACAAGUUGGAUGAUGAUGGUCCUGCGUUGGCAGCGAUGCACAGCAGCAGCAACAACACACUCAAUAACACAUUCGUCAAUGACACUCGCGUCAAAAGGAACUUAUUUUUUAUAUAUAUAACAGGUGACGCCCGUGUGCCAUGGAGAAGGCCUAUUGCCCAGAACGUCCCUUCGCUCGUUGCUCAGCCCGCUUGUCCUGGCGAGGGUCGCGGCGGCAGACUCCAGCACUACUACACUACACUAUACACUACUAUACUAUAGACUACUAUACGAUAUACACUACUGCACUAUACACUACUAUACACUACUAUACUAUAGAUUACUAUACAAUAUACACUACUGCACUAUACACUGCUAUACACUACACUAUACACUACUAUACACUACAUUAUACACUACUACACUAUACACGACUAUAUGCUAUACACUACUACACACUAUACAAUAUUACACUAUACACUACACUAUACACUGCUAUACACUAUUACACUACUAUACACUAUAUACUACGACACUAUAUACUACUAUGCGCUACUACACUAUACACGACUAUACACUGCACUACUAUACACUAUACGCUACACUAUACACUACACUGCUAUACUCUACAUUACUACACACACACUCUAGCUCUUCCUGGGGUAAUUCCCAGGCGUUCCCAGGCCAGCCGAGCGACAUAGACCCACCGCUAGCGUGUCUUGGGCCGGCCCCGGGGUCUCUUCUAUAUAUAUUGAACAUUUUGAUGGCUGUUUUCAUGACCAACGUGUUGAGGUUAUGUAAACAACAAAACAUUUUAUUUGAAGAUCGUAAACUCACCAGAUUUGCACGAAAACUUUUGUAUCGGCGUGAGCAGAGGUUUUGAUUUCGUCUUUUGAAAGUUGAGGGGUCCGCGGAUUUGGCGAGAUACACUUUGUCAUCGUCACCGACGGCCAAGCGAAGGAUCAGGAUCGCGGCGGACGUCCGAGGGUCAAGGACGUCCGGUCGAGGAGAUGGAGCGAUGGAAUCUGCGCGCAUGCGGCCGUCGACCCCCGGAUGCCGCCGUGGGAGGCGUCGCAAGGUCGUGAGAGCGGACAGGUCGCUGCUGAUAACACUGGUCAACAAAAACAACACAUUUUUUUCUGGCCUGGACUUUUGCAGCUGUUUUAGACUAAUUUCAGGGUGCUGAUUCCAAAUCUGAUCUCAGAUUUGCUCUAUCACAUCUCAUUUUAUGCUAUCGGCAUAUCCCAUUUUCAUUGAUUUUACCCGAAAUUAACUCUGUCACUUAUGAUUGCAAGUUGUUGCGAGUCAGUGACUGCUUUAGUGUUAAAAUACGGUGCUGUAUUUUUAGGAUAGUGUGUUUAUAAUAUCAUUUUAUGUAGAUUUCCACAUUCAUUCAAUAUUUUUCUUCUGCAGUUUUUAUUGAAAAUGCAAUAUUUGAUAUCUCUAAAACCUGAUGCCAGAUUUGGAAUCAGCACCCCACAAUUACCUUAAAACCGUUGGAAUACCUUUUAACCAGAAAAAGUGUGUUGACCAGUGUAAUCGUAACAAAUCAGUACGCCCUGCACGCCAAUGCUCCCAAAUCAGUUGAACGCACACGUUGGCUUUUGCGACCAUUGUAGAGUAUUUUUGGGGGGGUUUGAUUGCGUAAGUAAAAACGUGUCGCCUUGUU